AUGUUUAUAUUUAUAGUAUUUGUUGUACUUACUAUUGCAACACGGACAAAUAAAUAUUUAAAAAGUGAAAUUGUGUCAACACUGGAAGAUAUAAAACCACCAAUACCAAAAGCUGAAGAAUCACCAUCAGAACCAGGAAAAGUUACAACACCAUCAGGAGGAGAACCAAACACUAUAACACCAGGAGCACCAGCAACCGUAUCAACAUCAACAGAAUCAUCCCAAUCACAAAAAGGAGUUGAAACAACAAAAGGACCAUCACCACAAGCAGAUUCAACACACGCUGGAGGAGAAUCAGCACAAACGUCACCAACAAAAGACACACCACCAGGACAAGAAAAAUCAAAAGAACAAACACUUGAUGGUGCAGGUUCAUCACAAACACAAACAUCCCAAUCAGGUUCAACAGGACAACCAACCCAACCAUUACCAACAGGUGCACAACAACCAAGUGUACCACAAACACAAGACACUGUACCAAAUCAAUCAGGUUCAUCACAAUCAACAGACACAGCAUCAACGCAGAAAACAAAUUCAAAUUCAGCACCACAACCACAAUCAAAAGAUGAAGUACAAAAACCAACAGGAUCAUCUGAAUCAACAACAGGCUCUGCUCCAAAUACAACACCAGGAAAAGAAAAAUCUCCAUCAGGAGAAUCAGUGCCAAAUUCACAAACAACCCCAUCUUCAGGGAUGUCAGGACAAACAAAUACAGUACCAAAUCAAGCAGAAACAACACCAUCAGUACCAACACCAUCAGACAAAUCACAAAAUGGAUCGCCAUCAUCACCAGAUGCAACACCAGAAGAAUCAAACAAAGCUUCUGAUAAUUCAACAGAUAAAAAAUCACCGGAAUUAUCAAAUAAAAAUGAAACAACCAAUGGAACAGAAAGUGAUAAAAUGAAUAAACCAGAUGAUGAUGUAAAUGAAACAACCAAUCUUAAUGGAAUAUCCUGCACUUUUAUUAUUCUUUCUAUUGGAAUCACUUUUAUUUUAUUCUAG